GGUACCAGCUUUACUUUCUGAAGGCCUACAGUAUAGCAGAUGGAUGCCUGCUGUGCUCGAUGCUGAUGCUCUACUACUAGAUUUGACACAGUCGAAUUUCAAAUCUCUUUCAUGUGGUCACGACUCACUUGUCGGAAUGAUAUCCUUGGCCUUCAGCUCUGUACGCGUUGCUUGAACUCAAAUACGAUGCAGUCGUGGCAGUUUAGGGAAUGCUACGAUACGUGUCGGUCGCCUGAGGGGUCUUCUGGUCUGGAUAGGGUCAUCUGCUACAAACACGCAGGAUUGACGCCUUGGCUCGUGUUCCCUGUUCGUCGACUCGGAACCAAAUAAGCACGAUCACAGCCACCAUCUAUCGAUUGCAUACAGCCUCGUGGCACGAAUACAGCGGACUGAUAAAGGAGUUGGGUGCUGUGCGUUGGUGCGCUAUCCACUUCUUUCUGCAGCUACGAAGUCCGCACCCGCUUUUCCAUCGCGAUGAAUACCGAUAAUACUGCAGACAACGUGUACGCCCGUGAACUUGGCAAACGUGGCCAGGGAUAUCCCCUUUGGGUGCCUGAACCCCAGGAUGUUGGUGAAGUGGAAAUCGGAGACGUCGGAUAUAUCCGGAGAGGAGGAUUCUAUCGUUUAUUCAGGGCAACUGAAGAUGGUACAGACGAUUUGAACAGAACGCACGGCGUACCGGAGAAAUUCGAGAAGUUCUCUAUCGGCAAUCUGGCGCCAAAACGGCUGGAUAAUGCUAUCCCUAAGGGUCUCUUGGGCAGUCAAAGUGUCAAGCAUCUAGCGAUUGACGGUCAAGUUACAGCGUACAGCGCUGAACUCGCUUUCAAAUGCGAAGUUACUGAAGAUCAGGGUGCUUUUCUCGUGCUCGGUGCAUCCGCCACUCGGCAGGAACUACAUCAAAUUCGGAAAAUGAAGACACACAUGGGCCUUCAUGUUCGCAAUUGGUAUACAUUCGCUUGUGAAAUGGGCCUCGAAGUGGCUGAGGAAGAUAUCAUAUUUGUCCGCGGAUGGGUGAAGACAACAGAGUGGAUGGUGGCUGCUUUCACUCAGCAAGGAAAAAGCGCACAGAUUAGUAUCAGCGCCGACAGCGGGGCCGUAGCUAGUGGUCAUCUGCGUCUCGAGGCCACUCAUAAAUCCAGCCCGACAUACGACUACCGUUCUGGUCCAGAGAGCCAGAAAACACUCAAUAAUCAAACGAACCGCGGUGGCGGGAAGCAGCGCAACCCAAAAGGUAAAGGUCGCGCCAGACCCCAAGAGAGUAAUUCGUCACAGCCCGAUGUGAACCAAGCUCUAGCCAUGAAUCAAUGCGUAUUCUUGCACUAUCUCAAGCUCAAGAGGCGAUUCCUCGGUAUGAAGUUCAUGGAGGCUAUGGCUGAACCGCGAGAUCCAUCGUUUGAAGGGGAUGAUCACCAUUUCGAACAGGUGCCGGCGCCGGUGAAGCGCUACGACCCUGUGGACUAUCUCCUUGAUUACAUUCUCGAGAACUCUUCUGCUGAAGUUGCAGUAGCCAGUGACGGAGAGCUCAUCGAUAUAUGCAAGGCUGUACGUCCUGAAGAUACCGAGUUUCCGAUUCCUGACGAUAUUCCGGCCUUUCUUCGGAAUGUCAGUCCUCAGGUUGAGGUAACAGAGGAUGGAAUCGGGAUACUUUCGCUCGAGGAUAUCACUUCACGUCAACAAUUCGCCGAGGAGACACCCUCUGGAGAGCAGGUUGACAACGCGUCAAUGGACGUUGCUGAUGGGGCAGCACAGGAUGCGACUACCGAUCCACCUCCUGCGCCUGCUAACCCCAACGAACAAGUUGACCGCAUGGACGAGGACGACGGGACAAAAGAAGAUUUGGGAAAGAAAUUCGAGACAAGCGACUACCUGCUCGAGCUGUCAAUCAAUGCGCAGCGUGGAGGUAUUUCCGCACUCGCCUACUCCCCGAACGGCAGAUACGCCGCGGGUGGGUUUGACAGCGGCUCCAUCGUCAUCUGGGACCCGCAAACCCGGCGCCGAGUUGUCGAGUUGCAGGGGCAUAAUGAUACAAUUUGCUGCCUUGCAUUCUCGCCAGACAAUCUCGAGCUAGUCUCAGGCUCGCGCGAUGCCCGCCUGAUCAUCUGGAACAUUCGUGAUGAGUACCAGCGCGCUAUCCUUGUCGGACAUCAUGGAUUCGUCAAUUCGGUCGUGUACUCCCCCGACGGAAAGACCAUAGCUUCUGCAUCCAUCGAUUACACCGUGCGACUCUGGGAUGUCGAAACGGGCAGAUCGAAGGCUACCUCCGAUGAGCAUGAUGCCAUGGUAAUGCUCGUGAAAUACUCCCCCGACUCGUCUCGACUUGUCUCAGCUAGCGCCGACUGCGUCGCUCGCAUUCUGGAUGCGCGGAAUGCUAGCACAAUUGCCGAACUUGACAGUCACGAGGGUGUGAUUUACUCUGUCUGCUUCUCUCCUGAUGGCCGUCGUAUCGCGACGACGUCAGACGAUGGCAGUGUCAGGAUAUGGAGCGCCAUGACAGGUGAUGAGUACCUGAUCCUGCACGAGCACAAGGGCUCCGUCUGGGACGCCAUCUUUACUCCUGACGGAAAGAGGAUAAUCUCGGUCGGCAGCGAGAAGGCGGUCAAGGUUUGCGACUCCUUCGACGGCACACUAUUGAGACAGUUCGACGGAGAUGAUGGCUUGCUCAAUGCCGCGACCUUCUCUCCCGAUAGCAAGUUCGUUGCCGCGGGCUCAGCAGACCAUCAAGUGUGCGUUUGGAAUACGGAAUCGGGGCAAUGCGUGGCACGGUGGAGCGGACACGCGGAUAACAUUAGUCGUUUGCAGUUCUCUGCAGAUAGUAAACACAUUUUAUCGGCUUCUGACGACGGCACCGUGCGCUUGUUCAAUAUGCGCAAUGCGUUCGUGCCAGUUCAGCAGCAGUAACUCUGAUAUGUUGAAACGUUUUGAUACCCGACAUAGCUGCAUUUUAGUUGUGCUUCAAUUUCGCUUGUAUACGGACGUUCUCUGUCAAUUCAUACCAUGCCUCGACGAUUCUGGAAUGAUAUAUACUAUACAUAUAUCAAUGGAGUUCGCACUUUGUACUUAGACGACCUUCAACCCCCCGAGCGAAAGGACUGCGUCAUUAGCAUUAUCAAAACAGUCAACACAAGUGAACGC